AUGGCGAACAAGUCAAUCUUGCUCCUGAACGGACCCAACCUCAACCUGCUCGGCACCCGAGAGCCUCACCUUUACGGCAGCACGACACUGGCCGACGUGCAAUCUGCAGCAGUCAAGCAGGCAGAAGAACAUGGCAUCGAGCUUCUCCACUUCCAAUCGAACCACGAAGGAGCAAUCAUUGAUCGCAUCCACGAAGCCCGAGGGAAGGCGGACUUCGUAAUCAUCAAUCCCGGAGCCUUGACACAUACUUCUGUGGGCGUGCGAGAUGCUCUUCUAGGCUGCGACUUGCCCUUCAUCGAAUUGCACGUUACCAACGUUCAUGCACGGGAGCCAUUCAGGCAUCACAGCUACCUCUUGGACAAGGCUGUCGGCGUGAUCAUGGGCUUGGGAGUUUUCGGGUAUAGAGCUGCCAUCGAUUUUGUGGCACAAAGGUUCGCCAACGAGGAGAAGUCGAAGCUUUGA